AUGGCUUCGCCAAGCGCCUACUAUAUGCGCAAUCAAGCCCUCAAGGCUGCAAUGAGGUCCCCUAACCCACCACCGCUUGCUCCCACCAGGGAAGUAGUUGCGUCACACUGUCAGAAUUUGGGAAUUCCCGUCACAUAUGAGGAAUUACCAGAUUGCGAGGGGGCUGGAAUCCACUGGAUAGGAGAUCGGUCACCAAAGACAGUUAUGCUGUACAUACAUGGUGGGGGACUGCAAUUGCCAGCUCUUCCAGGCCAUGUAGAGUUCGCCGUCCAGACGCAGCGUCUAAUGAAUAGUGAAGGCAAGUCAUUUGCGCUGGCGUUUCUCGAGUAUGGACUCACACCACAACACAAAUAUCCUGUUCAGCAAAUUCAUGCCAUCAAUGCUGUGAACUAUCUUUUGUCAUCAGGUCGUGAGGCUUCAGAGAUCGUCAUUGCCGGAGAUUCAGCCGGGGGAGCUUUGGCCAUUUCCAUCCUCGCAGCAUCUCUUCAUCAAUUCCCUGGCGUUCCGUCUCUUGAAUUGACUUCCCCUCUUAAAGGAGUGAUUUUGAUAUGCCCGAUGGUCACAUUUUCCACGAGCGCUCCGUCGUAUAAGCGCAAUGCCGACAAUGACUGGGUAAUUCCGGAGGCAGGAGCCGCGUUCGUCGAUGCUCUUGCUGCUCCUCCUGCUGGCAGCAUGCUGUCUGAACCAUUGAGGGGAGCUGCAAAAGACUGGGCAGGGGCUCCUGUCAAGUCCAUCCUCUCGCUCGCAGGAGGCUACGAAUGCUUCUUGGACGACAUUGAAGCGUUUGUAAAAGUGUUGGAGGAAGCAGGAUUGAAUGUUAAAAAAGUCGUCUGUCCCGAGCAAGGUCACAUCGAGUGUAUUCUCGAUGCCCAGACUAAGCUGGAGCCCCGUUCAAUGACCACCGCUAUUUGGGAUUGGCUGAGGGAGACAUUGUAG